AUGAGCUUCAGCCAGAGUCUGGCCGGCUUUGCCCCUGACAGGGACACGGUGCUAACCGUGGGCGUGUUCGACGGCGUCCAUCUGGGGCACAGGUAUCUGCUCGAUCACCUGAAAGACUGGGCCGCUCCAGGCUGUAUCCCCGCUGUCAUUACCUUUUCCAACCGCCCGGUUACCGUGUUCCGCCCCGGAACCUUUCCCAGCUACCUUACCACACCCGCCCAGAAGGUAUCGCUGAUUCAGGAGGCCGGGAUAGAGCUGGUGGCAUCCGUCGAGUUUACCGAAGAACUCUCUCAAGUCUCCGCGCAACAGUUUGCUGAACUGCUCAGUGGGACAAUGAGGAUGAAGGGGCUCGUGCUGGGCCCUGACUCGGCCUUGGGCAAGGGACGAGAGGGCGACCUCCCGUACAUGCAGCAGCAGGGCGAGCGGCUGGGGUUCUGGGUGCGUUCAGUUGCGCCCCUUGAGAUCAACGGCCAACUCGUCAAAAGCCGGAUAGUCCGCGAAGCCCUGGUGGCCGGCGAUGUUUCCCACGGCGCAGGCCUUUUGGGACGGAAUCACACGCUCAACGGCACGGUCGUCGUGGGUGACCAGCGUGGGCGGACCCUGGGAUUCCCCACCGCCAACAUUGAUGUGUACCCCGGCCUGCUCUGGCCAGGCGAUGGAAUUUACGCCACCUGGGCCCAUUUCGGCGGAAAGCGACACCUCUCAGCCACAUCAAUCGGCGUACGGCCAACAUUCGGCCUGACCCAGAGGCUGGUAGAGGUGUAUGUGAUGGACUUCAGCGGAGAUCUGUACGGACAACAGAUGACCGUCGAGUUUGUGCAGAAGGUAAGAAACCAGGAGACCUUUGCCGACAUCGAUGCGCUCAUCGCCCGCAUCGAGCAGGACGUCGCUGAAUCGAGAGUAGCGCUGGCCAGCGCCGACUAG